AGAUGGAUUGUAGACAACCUGAACUUUCACCACAUAUGACGUACUCCAUACCUGAUGGAACAUUUUUUGGUGCCUACAUUCAACCCAUAUGUGAGACAGGAUAUGAUCUGGAAGGAUCAAGCCACAGGCAAUGUCUUGUUUCUGGAUGGAGUGGAAGCGCUGAAUGUAUAUUUACAGUAUGCGAAUAUCCAGAUCCAAUUAAGCAUGGCAAGAGGGCUGGACCCAGUGAACCUGUGUUUAAUGAUGUCAUUACAUAUUCCUGCGAUGAUAACUACACCCUCGUUGGCAACAGCUCCAUUACAUGUGGUGAAUACGGGGAAUAUAGUUCAUCACCUCCGGAAUGCAUAGUCAUCAUAACACAGACAAAAGCAAGCACUACUACAAACAAAGCCACAACAACAGACACGGCAACAGCCUCCACCCGUUCACAUGGAGGACGCUACUACAAAAAGCUCACUACUGGCUUUCUAAUUGGCUUGAGUACAGCCGCUGUCUUGGGUGUGUUUUUUGGAUAUCGUAAUUUAAAACGCAAAGGUUCAUACAAUACUGGUGAAGAACUGAGGGCAAAAGAAGAGUUAUUGCUAAAUCAAAGUGUCUAAACUCAAGGUAUCCACCCAUAUCUGAAUCUUCAUUAGCUUAAUGGCAAACAAUCGGACGGCUCCUUUGCUUUAGCGUCAUUCCUGCACAUGGAUUCAUUGAAGUUUCAAGUUUUUAACUUUUUUUUUUGUUGUUGUAUUUUAUAAACUAGAUAUUGUAUUUAUUUAUAACUG